CCACUAGCCGACUAGCUAUCCAUCUACAUCCAUCAGCACGUUUCCAAACGAAAUGGACAAAAUGCUGAAGUGAUAUCUAUUACAAGUCGUGUUCAUGUCAGUAAUGAAGAAGUCAAACUGCGAGCUAUAAACAGCGCAAGUGGCCUUCAGGAUGGACUCGAAAGAACUUAAAAAAGCACUGAAAGAUGCACGAGAUGCUCUUCGUGAUAAGGACUAUAAGGCUGCUUUGAAGCAUUGUAAGGCUGCUUUGAAAGCGGACAAGAACUGUUACACAGCUUGGGUAUUUGUUGGAGCUGCUGCUCAAGAAAUCGACGAGCUGGAACAAGCUGUUGCAGCUUUUAGAAAAGCUAUUGACAUUCAGCCUGAUCAGCUACUUGCUUGGCAAGGACUAUGUGCUCUGUACGAAAAGCGUCCAGAGGUUGGGGACUUGAAGAAUGAUCGUCACGAGGUUUACUUGAAGCUGGUUGAACUUACUACAAGUGAUCCAGCAAAACAAGCGGAAUUUGUAGAUAAGCUUACGGACAACUAUAAAAAUGCGGGAGAUGCUGAAAUGUACGUUGCAGCUCUGAAACAGUGUUCGGAGUACUUGAAGAUGUCUCCAGAAGUAUUGAAAGUGUGGCACUCAUUACUUGACUUUAUUACGCAAAAGAAGCCCGACCUUUCAGAAUCAGCGAUCGACUUGGUGAUACAUGCCUAUCGUGAAGUAGUGUUUUCUGCGAGCCAAGAAGUUUCCAAUCGUGAGGACCUGUGCAGGGCUUAUCUCGAAUUUCUAUCAAAAUGCAACCAGAAAGAGCUGGCAAAGCAAGAAGCAGACAAGUUUGGCAGUGCCUUCCCCAAUUCUACGCUUCCUCUGGAAAUGCUGUGCAGGACGUACAUAGAUGAAAACAUUGUUUUAAGCGAUCCAAAUCCAUCGACGGAAAUCUCCAAUGCCGUAUCCGGCAUUCUGGAGAAAGAGCCCAAGUCGGAGGUGGUCUGGCUUUGCAAGGGAAUGCAACUAUACGCAUGCGGUAACUACACUGCAGCUGUGGAAGCACUGAGUAAAGCAUCUGCCAUGAAUAGCGAAUCCCAGGGGUCCUGGUUGAUGCUCGCAAAGUGUGCCCUAAAAUUGCACAGAUAUGGAAAAGCCGAAGAGUGGUCCUCCAAAGGCCUCUCCUCAUCAGAGCAAUGUGCUCAAGAAAACCCUGUGAGGAGACAGUUGUUGCUUUGCUUAGCCGAAGCAUUUCGGGGACAGUUCAACUUCGUAGAGGCCCUUAAAGUGAUAGAAAAGCUGAAGGAGGACAGAGAGGACUCUGUGUUGCUGUGCAGUUGUAGAAUUUAUUUGGAUUAUGGAAAACUGGACAUGGCUACAGAGGUGAUACAAAAGUUGAGGGCAAUGGCCAUUGAUUCCUUACAACUCCUGGAAUGUGAAGGGUCACUGUUGCUGCAACAGGGAGACUUUGCAGCGGCUGAGGAAAUACUGAGGAAUGCUGUAGACAAGAAUCCAUCAUCUGCCAGCACACUGCAUUUGUUGGCCGUGGCACAGUUGAAACUUGGAGCCACGGAGCAGGCUGUCAAAAAUCUCUGCAAGGCUGCCCAGCUAGACCCAAAUGAUCACCGCAACUAUUUGCUCUUAGGCAGGAACUAUUACUUCAACCUGAAAGACAACCAGAAGGCCCUUAGAUGCUUCCAAAAGGCGUUUAAGCUGAACAUGUUAAGCGAAGAAUCUGGUUCUCUUCUCAGUGACGUUCUGCGUGACUUGGGUGAAAAUGAUCAGAACGUAAUGUUCCUCAAAGCUAUUACAAGCCAGAUGCCCAUUCAGAAGGCUAAAUGGGCCUGGCUUCGAUUAGGACUGAUUCAGAUGCAACAGGAUGCUCUGAAUGAUGCCGUUCAGUCCCUCCAGAACGCACUUCGGGCUGAUCCCAAAAAUAAGCACUACUGGGAAUGUCUGGGAGAAGUGUACCUGAGAAGGAAAAGCCUCGCCGCUGCCCUAAUGAGCUUCAAAAAGUGCCUCGAAUUAGACCCGCAAGAUUUUUUCUCCUUGUACCAAAUUGCCAAUAUCAAGAAAGAACAAGAAGAAUAUAAAGAGGCAACGAUUGAUUACAGAAAAGCUCUGGAUGUUAAUCCAGAUUAUGUUCCGGCACUAAAAGGUUGCGCUGAAGCCCAUUUGCUUCUGGCACGCCAGUAUCUGACCCAGAGCUUGUAUGGCCUGGCCCUGGACAGCUGUCAGGCAGCCUUAGACUCCUUGGGUCAGGCUGUACCAUUUGCGAGGAAUCUUGUCUGCCUGUGGAAAUUACUAGCAGACAUCUGUCUUCUUCCUGCCGUGAUGGGAAUAUCUGAUUAUCGUCUUCAUAUCCCGGGAAGCCUCCUGGACGAAAAUGUCUGGGAAGACCAUCCUGAUCGUGAUGUGCUUCUUGUACUGGCUGAACGGUUCAUCAUGAAGGCACUGACCUUGCGGCCUAAGAUUGCUGGUCUCUGGCAGGACCUUGGCCUGUCCUACUACCUGCAGGGAGUAAAUGGGAAAGACGAUGCAUUUCACAAGGCUCUGGUCAGUGUGCAAAAGGCAGUCAGCCUUAACCCUAGGGAUCCCGCAGGGUGGAAUAUGCUCGGUGUAGUGGCUCAAGCUAAAGGUGUGAAACGUGAUGCCCUUGCUCAACAUUGCUUCAUCAAAUCUGUACAGCUAGAAAGCAGUAAUCCAGUGGCAUGGGCCAACCUGGGUGCACUCUAUCUCGUCAACAAUAACGUAAAGCUGGCCCACAGCGCGUUCAGCAUGGCCCAGUCGCAGGACCCGUCCCACGUGAGGGCUUGGGUGGGCCAAGCGCUUGUGGCCGAGAAAGUUGGCCACCAUGACACGAUGGACCUGUUUCGUCACUGCACACUUCUCGGAAACCACCCUGAAGCUGCUACUGGCUAUGCCCGUUGGGUGUGCAGAACGACUGAAGUGAGGGACCUUGGUGAACCAUCCCAUUUCAGCAUCCCACGAGCAUCUGUUCUGGCUAACGCCUGUGACGCUCUCAUUCGGGCCAGAGGAUGCAGGGAACGAGCACCACAUCUGCUCAAUAUGCUAGGCAUACUUUUUGAGAAGCAGGGCCUACUGGGUGGAGCAGAAGAGGCUUACAAGAGUGCAUUGGGCCAGCUGUUGUCUGCGGGCAGCAAUGAAAACACAGUCUGCGUUAGAAUCAACCUCUCCAGAGUUCUGUGCAAGUCUGGAAAACCCCAAGAAGCAAUGCACCUUCUUUCUGGCACAGAAAGGUCUAAAGAGGUGUUGUGCGCACUGGGACAAAUCUACACAAAGCUUGGUCAACACGAAGAUGCUUAUCAAGCAUAUGAUGAAGCAUUGCUGCAGUGUUCUGAGGGAGAGAAAGCGGACAUAGUCUUGGCCAUUGCUUCGGUGACUCGACACUUGCGUGGCAUUGAUGAUGCAAAGGAGGUUCUUAUGGAAAGAAUGUCUAGUGCAGGAUUAUCAACAAAAGGUCUCGUCAUGGCAACGUGCUACGGUCUUCUGACGCUAGAUGACGAGGUGGCAAAUGAGGCACUACGAGGGCUUGAGGCUCGGACAGCAAACUCCACCGUUAAGGAAAAGGCAUCUUUCUUGGCUGCCUGCAAAUUACACUUGAAGGGCAAUUUCAAAGCAGCACGAAACAGUCUUUGCCGUUCUUUGCUUCAUGACCCAACAAGUGGUGUGCUCUGGUGCCAGCUGGCACAGCUUCUCCUGGACGAACAGUCAGUGGCAUUGGCAGGUCGAUGCGCACAAACAGCUCUGGUGUUGGGUGACUGCCUUGACCGUGUGUUUUCUCUUUUGGUACUGGGAGCACUGACGCAGCACCAGGUCCAUCAAGCUCGCAGUGCAGCUCAGAAGUUGGUUUUCAUCUAUCCCGAUCGUCUUCACAGCUGGAUCCUGUUGGGCACUGUGUUGUGUGUAUCACCCAAAGACUCUCGCUGUGACAAGGCACUCCAGCUUGACCGUUUCCUAACUCGUGGUGACGUUGACUCCAGUUGGAAGCUUUGGUCAUCCUUGCUACAAAUUCAUUAUGCAGUCGUUCAGCAACAAUGGAAAAAUGCCAAAGAGCUCAUUGAUCUGGUUCUAUGGGGAUAUUGUGGAAGUCCCGAAACCGCAAAGGAUCUCGAAGUGCUGGGAGCUGCUUGUGAAGGACUGGCAUUUUCCAAUAAACCUGAUGCAUUACAAAAGGCUGCCAAAGUUGCUGAAAGUAACGGUGUAGGCGCUACUGGAUGGCUAGCCAUUACCAAGCUGCAGCAGCGCUGCGGAAAGUUCAUUGGUGCCCUCGACAGUGCCAGUCGUGCUUCAGACAUCAAUAGCACUGAGAACCGAGUGAUCACCAUGAACUUGCGAAAAGCUUAUCUGACUUUGCAACUAUUGAAAAUUGAUGCCACACAGAGGGAACAACAUCUGGCCGCAGUAUUGAAGUACCUAAGCGCUGCUCUGAAGCUGAAUCCUCGCUGCAAGGCAGGACACUUGCUUCUAGCCAUUUGGGCUUUGGAGAGCAAAAAUACACGAUUAAUGAAGAAGAGCUUAGAGAGGGUUCUUAGACUUGGACAUGGGGACUCCUGGCUUGAGAAAACAGCUGCACAACUACUUGCCCCAGUGGAAGUCGUUUGAAAUUGGAGGAACUUGAUAACAACUUCCGAGAAGAAAGUGUAGAAGGACAUGGCAGCCUGCGCAAGCAAUGUUUUUUCAACUUAAAUGAAAUGAGAAUCCAUAUAGUGGAGUACCGGAAAUAAAAUUGUUUUAUAAGAGCAAGA